UAGGUCACACAUCUUCUUGUUCUUGCGGAGGAAAUAUUUCCUCUCGAGCUGGGAGAUGUCGAUGCGGAGGCGCGGCGUGCCGAGCCGGCGAGCGCACACAUCACUCGGCCUCGCCACGGAAGUUGGAUCCGAUGGCGAAGAUCCGGCAGCGGAAUCGAUAUUUGCGCCUCCGGCUACGUCGUCGCUUCCUUACAUUAAGACUUACUCGAGGCAGAACGAGCGAUCAGCUCUGUCGCAGAAGGUCAAGCAAGGUGUUUUGGACGCCACGCAGUAUCACAUAUAUGCUGAGAAUUAUGGUGGUGUGGAGUUCUACCGGAGGAUGGCUAGAAAGGCCGAGUCCGCGAUGCAGUUGGAGCAGAAGCAAUAUCACUCGGAAUUGGAACGAAGUAACGAGCUGAUCAGUCGCUUGAGAGCAAGGGUAUCAGCACUCGAAGUUCUUUCCGAUGAGAGAGAAGUACUUCUGGAAAAUCAAAAGAGAAAAGUCAGGCAGUACAAGCAUCAGCUGCAGUACAACAGUAAGGCCUAUGAGAAGGAUAUGGCCUACAUGAGAGCUCAGGUCGAGAUCUCGGAGAAAAGGCUUGCAGCUUUUACGGAGGAAAGCAAACGAAAGAUUUUGGAUUUGCGACAUGAUAAUGUCAGAAAAGAAUCGGCUUUGGACGUGCUCCAGAAUGACAUGACUGAGAUUUUGAAAAGCAUUGACGAACCGCUAGAUACGUUUUAUCUUCCGGACUAUUUUACACAAAGGAUAGAUUCUCGGUCAAGUCCAGUUAGAAAGACAGAGGGGAUUAAAACAGCAGCGAAGAUACUGCGGAUACGAGUAGAUCUUGAUGACCUGUUGAAAGAUACGAAAUCAAGAGAAAAGGAAUUCACUUCUUUGCAAGAAGAGGCGAAGUCUCUACGCAAAGGAGCCGAAGAAUCAUUUAAAUUUCGAGACUCUGCUCUCAAUGCUUUGAAAGCACUCGAAGAAGUCUCUCAUAAGUUGAAUGGAUUGGAUCGUACAUUAGCCAGCGCGACACUGUUAAAAGGUGUUGACCUCAGUGCGCUGUCCGGAGAGAAGUCUCAGGACGAAAUUGCCGCUGGAUUUAACAAAGUUCAAGAGAUGAUUCAGCUGCUCGUUUCCAAGGCCGAUACUGCGGGAAAACUUUCAAGCUCUCUACAGUACGAGCACGAGAAAUGCGGCUCUGUGACUGCGCAAUUGAGGGAGGAUCUUGGACUUGAAAGGGCAGAUCCGAAAGUGGACGUUCUUUCAGCUAACUUAGUAGUGAUCAGGGAGCAAGUUCGAAGGAGACUGGAAUCACUGCAGAUGCUACAAAAAGAAAAAUCUUCCGUCGAAGUGGCCGUAACAAAGAACGCUUCAAAGGCACGAGAACUGGAAAGAUCUUUGGACGACCUUACGAACAAGCAGAGGAGGUUGAAACUCGAAAAGGAUAAACUUGGAGAUGCGCUUUUACACGUUGAGAAAGAAAAAGCUGCUGUCGGCAAACAGCUUCAUCAACUGCAAGAUCUGUUUGUCAAGCUGAGUUCUUCAUUGCAAGACGGUAGUUAUGGCACCCUUCUGCGAACUGCUGGAGCUGCAGUGACUAAAACCUCAGGUUUCGACGAGCAGAAGGAAGUUGGAAGUAUCGUGGGAUGUUUUGAGGCUCUUGUCACCGAGAAGACUCGCCUGGAAUCCAAGCUAAAGAAAGGACAUGGCCACCUGUUGGAGUUACUGGCCAUCUUUCAGAAAACAGAGAAAGGAACAGAUGCAGUGGCCGAGCUUCCUAUUAUCAUUGCGAAGGUAGUACAACUGAAGAUGGAUAGCGAGACAGCCAGCAGUAAAUUAAAGGCUGCAGAAAGCGAGCUGAAUGCCAUGGGUCAGAAGAAAGACAGUCAGCUAGAUUCCACCUUGAAACAAGUCAGUGAUGCAUGUGGUGCUCUUCAGGCGUCGAUACUGAAACUACAACCGAUCUUUGGAGAGGUUGGCAGCGCCAAGGCAGCAAAAGGAGUAGCUGAACUGGGACAGGUGGCUGCUGCACUAUCGACUUUAGUUCCAAAAUUCCUGGAUUUGAAGAAGGAGCGAGACUCCAUGGCUACCAAGCUGGACGGAAUGACUAAGGAACGGGACUCAAUGGUUACCAAGCUGGACGGAAUGUCGAAGGAACGGGACACAGUGGCUGCCAAGCUCGACGGAAUGUCGAAGGAACGGGACUCGACACUUACCAAGCUGGACGGAAUGGUGAAAGAACGGGACACAGUGGUUGCUAAGCUCGACGGAAUGGCGAAGGAACGGGACUCAAUGGUUGCCAAGUUGGACGGGAUAGCUAACAAGUUGGCGGAGGCCGAGAAGAGGGGAUCCGACGACAAGGGGUUAUCUCAGUCUACUGGAAAGCACUUGGAUACUAUCAGACAAAAUCUGAAAGCGAUUCAGUCUCUAUUUCCUGCGGAACUCGGGAAAAGUUUUGGUGGAUCGCUGUCUGAUGAUAUCGCUCUUCUCGACAAGAUAAAACAGGAGCUUCUUUCGUCAAAGGACACGAAGGACAAGGCUCUCGUUAGAGCACAAAGUCUAUCAGUCCAGGCAUCACAAUUGGAUCCUCUCUUAACAGAGUUAUGUGCAGCACUCCAGUCAAUCGAACAGGACCUUGGAGGAACACCAUUCAAAGAGGCUGGUUCUAAUCACGACACUUGCGGGAGGUUGAUUUUUAUCAAGGACAGAUCGAUAGAACUCAAGGCGUCUGUCGGGGAGAAAGUUAAAGCGAUGUCAGGAGAAAUCGGCGAUCUCAGGGAAAGAUUCAAGCUUCAGGAAAGCGUUCUAAAGAACUCGGAGAAAAAGUGGAGCGAAAGGGUCGAGCUUGCCAAGAAAGAAAUAUUAAGACUUGGAGGAUGUGAUCUAGACAACAAGGUGGAAGCGUCGAAACGAUUACAAGCGCAAGCUAAAAUCAAAGAGUUCGUGUUACGUGCUAAGCAGAACGAUGCAACAAUCAACCCCCUUAGCAAGCUCGCGACAUUUCAAGUGGAGCUACUUGUUAACAACAAGGCGCACGGCCAAUUGCAAGUUGGGGGAACUAUGGGUGGAUUGUUUCAAGCGGCCGUGCAUUAUUUUAAAAUCGAGAGCCAGUCAGGAGAAGUAACAUUUGAGAACGCAGCUAUUCCCGGGUCACAAUCUUCAAACAUGCUAGUGGAACUGGUUCUAAACUCCACUGGCAAUGCUGCCGUCUACGAAUCUAAAGCUGGUGAUGUCCUCGGUUUGUCUGUCAAGGUCAAAUCCAUCGAUGAUGCAGAUUUCAGAGAAAUACUAUACAACAGCAAUGUCAUUCAAACUGACGAGGUUAUGGAUGCAAUCAAAGGGCAAACGCUAGAUAAUUUCUCGCUUUGGCCUGAUCUCGUGAGCAGCUGGAAAUGGGAACGUACUCCCACCAAGGGAUGGACGCUUAUAACUAUCAAGUGGCGUUUUCUCUUGAAAAGCAUUUUCCCCGAGUUAAGCGAGCCUCUACAGACGCUCGCCAUUGCAAACAGGCCUACUUACGACAGGAGCCAAACAAUAAAGACCUUAUAAGCUCUACUGCUCGAGCAGCCUUUCUGCCACUAGCUCGCGCAUGACUCACCCACGGGCAAGACCAUAGAUUUUUCCAAGGGGCCGUGUGUGAUGCGGUACAGUAUAGCCAGCAGAAGAAGACGUCAGCACUCGAGAUAUGCCAUCAACCGGGCCUUGCUAUUACAUAUCCCACCUUGCACCGAGACGUGUAGACCGUCUGGAGUCCUAUCGGCAUGUCUCUGUCUCACGUUUUAAAAGCCGAGAUCUUUGCAACCGGACAGUGAGAUUCGAGAGAAAAGCUGCUCGCGUUUCCUCAGCGUUCAGCUGAUGAGCCGGUCUGCCGAUCCAAGACUCGGGGUUUUAGACUUCACAUUGCAAGCUUUCUCCACUGUCCUUUUUCAGUUUGUUCCUGCGAACUUUUCCAGCUCUCUUACCUACAUCUCCAUUUGCUCGCUAGUUUUGUUCCUCGAGUUUUAUUGUUCCACGGGCUUCGAUCAUCCAUGACUGUCUUUCUUGACUCGACUGAACACUGGUGGAAGUCUGCCAGCGAAAAUUUGUAUUUGUAUACUCUUGACUUAAAAAUGCGGGCGAAACGCCCGAGCUUUUUGA